UUGACACCCAGUUGUGGCCCGACAUAUCUUCGCUUCCAUGGCAUGGUUCCGCUCGUCGCUGCCCUGGUGGUGACGGCCGUAGCCACGGCGGCCACGCGGCCGCAGCAAGAGACGAUGACGUCGCAGUGCGCCGGCCUGGCGGAGGAGUUGCAUCAGGCGACCAGUUCCCUGCAUGAAAUCGAGAAGACUUUGGAGGAGCUGACGCAUUUGGAGACCACGUCUUGGCCAAAGUUGUGGACCAAUCAGCAGGACGAUGGAAAGUUUGGGGAUGCGGUCCAGGCCUUUCUUCAGGAGGAAGCCGGUCGUUUGAAGCACAUCCAAAAGGUCACCCGGAAGCAUCGCGACGAGUUACAGCAGAAGGAGAGCGGUUGUGGCCGAAUGAAAGUCACCGCACCGGGACUUGGUCUGCAACAAUGAGCGUCAACGAAGACCGGCAACGUUAGAGAAAAG